UCUGUACUUUACUCGAGUAUUUUUAUUUUGAGCAACUUUUACUUUUACUUCACUACAUUCCAAAGCAUAAGAUCGUACUUUUUACUCCACUACAUUUCAUAAAACAUAUCGUUACUCUUUAUUUUAAAAUGAAGAAAUCGUCACAUGCUCAGAGACGCAAAAGCGGUGUCCGAUUCGUCCAUGAACUGAUUCUUUUCAAUCAUCCUGUUAAAUCGGUUCACAAAUCACAUCAACAAUUCAUUCGCGAAUUGGACUGAUCGUAUUGCAGCUGUUCUCGAGUCAACAAAUCACUGAUUCAAUGAUCCGUUCAGAGCGACUCUCCAGUGAAUGAAUUUCACUGUCUGACUGAAAAUUAGCCAAGAACUGGGGGAUCCUCUGAGUGCGCGCGCGACUGAUGGUGAAAACCUAGUUAUGGAGGACACUGCACAUUCUCCUUCAAAACCAACAAAGACCUCAGGCUCAUGGGUCUCAUCUCCCUUCAUUUACCUGGUAAUCUUUGGCGUAAUUGGUGUCUCUGCCGCAAUAGCGUUGCAGAUGUUUAGGCAACAAAAUCAUCAAAAUGAUGUUUCAGAUGAUACAGCGUAUCAGACAGGAGAUCCGCUCCGGAUUCUUCUGGUUGGAAAAACAGGAGUGGGAAAAAGUGCAACAGGCAACACUAUUCUGGGAAGAAAAGUUUUUAAAUCUGAGAUAUCAUCCUCCUCUGUGACUGGACAGUGUGAAAAGUUUCAUGCAAUGAUAAAUGGCAGAAAAGUAUCUGUCAUUGAUUCUCCCGGUCUGUUUGACACCAGCCUGACUACAGAUGAAGUGAUCAACAGAAUUAAACUCUGUAUUCCACUCUCUGCUCCUGGUCCACGUGUCUUCUUAGUUGUGAUUCAGCUGGGCAGAUUCACUGAUGAAGAGGCAGAAGCUGUUAGACUCAUACAAGCAAUUUUUGGUGAGGAAUCCUCCACAUACACCAUGGCACUGUUCACUCAUGGAGAUCGACUGGAGGACAAGAACAUUCACACUUUUGUGCGGGACAGUCCAAAACUGCUCAGUUUCAUCAAAACUUGCAGUGGACGAUACCACAUGUUCAACAAUAAAGAACAAAAUCCUGAACAGGUCAUUCAGUUGCUCGACCAGAUUGAUAAAAUGGUCACUGGAAAUGGUGGGCAGUAUUACACCAGUGAGAUGCUUGAAAAGGUAGAGAGAGCGAUUGAGAAAGAGAAACAGCGUAUCCUGAAGGAGACAGAGGAGCAGAGACGGAGGGAGAUAGAAGCUCUGAGGGCUAAACUUAAGGACGAGGACUAUGAAAAAGCUAAGGAAAAGCUGAAUGAGGAUUAUGAGCAGCGGGCAAGAGAGAAGGCUGAGAGAGACCCUUCAUUUUUAAUGAAUGUAGUCAAAUAUUUGAAGGAAAUAGUCAAAAAAUUUUUUGGCUUAUUUUAUUCAGACCCAUUGGACAUGCCAUUUUUAAAAGCAUAUAUGAACAAUUUAAUGAAACCCAGAAUUUUACUGUAAUUGUCACAUGUCUGUCUGUUUUGCACCAUGUUCUGUUUGUCACAUGUCCUCCUUUGUUCAGUUUUUCUCGCCAUUAUUUAGUUCCCUUGGUUACAUAUUGAUUUGAGUUUGAGUUCAGGUGUUAUCUUAACUUCCCUUUGUUUGCUGUGUAUAUAUACCCUGUGUUUUCCCUCUGUCUCUGUCGGUUCUUGUUGGUUUGUAGAGUGGUUUGCCUGGGUUUCUCCUGUUAUUUUGAAGUCCCAACUGGACACUAAUUUCUCUUUAUUAAAGGAAAUAAUGAGUUUUUACUGAAAAAAAUAGUCUAUUCUAAUCAUGCAAAAAUACUUAAAAUCAUGCAAAAAUAUAUUUUCACAUAUUUUUUAACGCUGAGUCAGCGGAGUGAGGGUCCAUCUGCAGCUUUAUUUUGGUCAGAGUUAAACAGUACAGGGUCGGUACACAGUAGUGGCAGUAGAGAAGGCAAAACAGAAUCGUAAACUGGGACAGGCUUGGGUUGAGGCAGGCGGCAAAUACACAACACAGUCCGAAAAUCAGGCAAAAGUUCAGGGCUGGCAGCUUACAAUCACAAUCCAAUAAACAGGCAAUAGUCGGGGCAGGCAGCAGACAAUCAAACAACAGGAAACAGUCCAAGAUCAAACACAGAAUAACCAGCCACAAUAGAAACGCUCAGAAAUGACCACCAUAGCAAAUCAAGACUUUGCAAGGUGGUGUGUGUGUGUGGCAUGCUUAAAUAGCGUGGACCUUUGGGAAAUGGAGUCCGAAAUGGCAACAGUCAAUAUUCUGGUGAGAGCUCCCUCUGAUGAUCCAGAGGAAGCAGAGAGGGAGCCUCACCUGUAACAAUCAUAUAUUACACUAAUAUUUUAUAUCUCUGCUCUGAUUUGAAAGUUUUAACAGAAAGCAUCUAUUUAGUUAUUUGUUUGUUUUUAAGAUUAAGGUUCAAGAUUUCAUGUCUUCAUUACAAAAAAACAAAAAAAAAAAAAACAAAAAAAAAAAAACAGCAAAUCAGAAACAUAAAAUGAGUAGGCUGUAUUUUGUAACGACCAUUUGUGAGACCCCUGGAUGCCACAAUUAUGUUUAAACUUUAUUUAAGAAUUAUUUUGCCUUGUCUUCAUUACUUGGUUCUUUCUAGACUCAUGCUAUUACAGUAUGUAGUUUCCUAGGCUUGAGUGCCUUUUUUUUUUGGAUAGCUCUCUCUUGUCCUUAGUGUAUUGACACUUCUGAUUCUAGUUCUUGGGUAUAUAAUUUGUAAUUGUUUGCUACCUUUUACCUGUUUUUUUGUAACCUUUUAGUAAAGUUGUGUAUGGAUCACAAUCAUAUGUCCUGGCUUGAUUAAAACAACAUAACAGCUCUUGUA